GGUUCUGCUCUGCUUUUUCUGGCACUUUAUGUGACUCAUCAAAUUCUACCAUCAACGCGGGCAUUUCUAAUAGAUUGCCAGGAGAACACUGCCGCAUGUUUGGAAGAAAUAAUGAAGGAACUCACCCAAGUUCAAUUAUACAUUAAAAUUCUCACGGAGAACAAAACACUGGCGAGACGUAAGCACGAUUUCUCUCCGUUCAUGUGUUUUAUUACCUUUAUUAGCAUUUAUUCAUUUCAAUUUUUAUCGUUAUUUUUCAAGCGAAUGUCAACUGUUAUUACCUUGUAUUUAUCAACAGCUAAGAACUGUGUUGAGCUCUACCAUUCCGGUCAAAGGAUUAGCGGUGUUUACACAAUCGAUCCAGAUGGCUCAGGUGCCUUUAAUGUCUAUUGUGACCACACUACUUCCGGUGGGGGAUGGACAGUCUUCCAGAAGAGAAUGGAUGGCUCCGUUGAUUUUAAUCGCACCUGGAAUGACUACAAGCAUGGCUUCGGUAACUUGGUCGGUGAAUUUUGGCUCGGACUUGACAAUAUAAACCGUCUGACACAAAACAAGACAAAGAACAUGCUUCGAGUAGAUCUGGGGGUAACUGCGCGCCAAACUGUUCACGCUGAGUAUGAAUGGUUUGGGAUUGGGAACGGGACGGCUAACUACCGACUGUACAUUGGCAAUAUGACAAGUAAGUAAACCGUCAUUUUAAACAUUCAUCGUUCGAUUCUUAUGUGUUACUUCACUACCGACGUCUACUGCCCCAUUCACACCAAAGCUUAACAGCUGUUUUUCUAAAAACCAUUUAAAAACGGUUUCUUCAGAGAGGCUGCUUAAUUUGAUGUUCGUCCGCUUCAAAUUUAGCAAACUGAAAAUACAAAUUAGCGACAACUUGAAUCCUAAGGAAAACUGAUUUAAAUUCAAUUCCUUCUCCCAACUUCACGUAACCUGCAAAUAAUGGUUUUUUCUAACGUAUACCCGCUUGAGUGUGUUUUGCUGUUAAUUCUGGUCGUACCUGGUUGAGUUCACGCUCCUCCGUGGACAGUUUGCUCUGGAAGUUGACUGAGAUAGAAAAGUCAUGAAACGCGGCUUUAGCAAAAUCAUAAAAUUUUAGUAUUUAUAAUUUUGCCCGAUUAUAGUAGCUAUCGAGUUUGAGGUGUCAAAUGUGUCAUAUUGAUCCUAAUAUUAUGGAAUUUUCUUUUUUUUUUUUUUUUUUAAGCAGAUGCAACUGUUUCUUUUGAUUCCCUCAAACCUCACAAAGAUUUCAUGUUUGGUACCUGGGAUAGAGAUCCUGCUAAUUGUACUCUAAAAAGAGGUGGAGGCUGGUGGUAUGGCAGCAGUAGUGAUUGUGAUGUUUCGUCGAAUCUCAACGGAAUUUAUCCGCAUUGUCGAAAGGAAACCUGGGCCAAUAUCCACUGGGAUCAAUUGGAUCAAAACAGUCCCGAGGGCAGCGCCCCCACAUCAGCUGAAAUGAAAAUUAGACCAGUGGAUUCUUUUUAA